CCAGUUCUCUAAGGAUUAGUGAUCUGUUGGCCCUAUGGUGCAACUCUUUCUACUACCUUCUUCUGCUGCUCUUCAUCUGUUAGCGAGAGAGCUCCCAAGUAUGUGUGAACUGUUCGGGUUUCAUUCUGAGAAUACUGAUGCGUGACUCUGCUCCGAAAACCUGCUCCAGCAGCUGUCUUCCCUGCUUCUUGCUGCACAACAAAAUCUGGCUGUGCUAACUGCUAGCAGUAAUUAACGACGGUCGUAAUUGGUAGCUGGGAAGAGUCGGACAUGGAUUACGCGAGCCCUGGUGGGACUGAUACAUCCACAGAUCUAGACGUCGAGAAGAUGAGCCCGGCGUUCGAACAUGGGCAUGUUGGUGCGCUCACACCUUCAGAAUCCAGUGGCAAGCCAAAUGGUAAACAGGGUCAAAAGACACUUCGUCGUCUUGCCCAAAACCGUGAAGCUGCAAGGAGAAGCCGGCUACGGAAAAAGGCAUAUGUCCAACAGCUUGAGAGUAGCAACCUGAAACUGGCUCAACUGGAGCAGGAGCUCCAGCGUGCUCGCCGGCAGGGCUUUUUGGUUUCUACUUCGGGAGAUCAGCCCCAUUCAGCCAAUGGAAAUGGGGCUUUGGCAUUCGGAGUGGAGUACGCACGGUGGCUGGAGGAGCACAGCAAGCAGUUAGAUGAGCUCAGAGCCGCCGUCAACGCCCACGCCGGCGACAGCGACCUUCAGGCGAUCAUUGACGCCAUCAUGGCACGCUGCCACGAAAUCUUCAGGCUGAAGGAUGCCGCGACCAAGGCCGACGCCUUCCAGGUCCUGUCGGGAACAUGGACGACCCCCGUCGAGAGGUGUUUCCUCUGGCUCGGCGGCUUCCGGCCAUCGGAGCUUCUCAAGUUACUCGCGAGUCGGCUGGAACCCCUGACAGAGAAGCAGCUCGAUAGUAUAUCUGUGCUGCAACAUUCCUCCCAGCAAGCCGAAGACGCUCUUUCUCGAGAGAUGGAAGCGCUGCGGCAGUCGGUCGUGGAAACCGUCGCCUCGUCGGGAUCGUCCUCGUCCCUGUGCCGCACAGCAGGCCCCUCUGGCGAUUACACGGGCCAAAUGGCGGUGGCAAAGCUUGGCGCUCUGGAAAUCCUCCUGCGGCAGGCUGAUGAUCUGCGGCUUCGGAUUCUUCAGGAAGUGCAGCGGAUACUGACCACCCGCCAAUGUGCACGAGCUCUGCUCGCGAUCAGCGACUACUUCUCCCGGCUGCGCGCUCUGAGCUCCCUCUGGAUUGCACGUCCGUCCACGUGAAAUGAACUGAGUUUCGACAAUUUUUUUUCGAAGCGGGAACUAUGUUUCGACAGUCAGUUAUAUUAUUACUGUAGAACAAACUGGAAUCCGUUCAGAAAAAAAGAAGCGAAUGUACUCAUUUCCUGCCCAUUAUGAGAGGUCUGCUCAUGGCCACCGUUCCACCUGUACUAUCGUUUUGGUUGUGCCAAACUAGGUUGCAGCUUUUAGACAGAACUAAUUAAGAGCCUUUUGGAAAAUUUAACCUUAAGUGAUCUUAGAAUUUACUUUUGAAAGAAAUGAAAACUUGCGUUAAUUUCA